UGAUGACGCUGUGGCUCGCCGCUCACGUGCCACAUCUCCUCAACAAGUGUCAGUACAAAGCCAUGAACAUACCCGAAACAGUUGAUCUUAUAAUGGAUCCUGAACAGUUACUACCAAUGUCAGCCAUAAUGUUAGGUGCCAUUCGAGUUGGUGUAGCGCGAAUACUUUCAAAGAAACUCGAUCAUAUGUACAGUGAUUAUAAUCACCUUCGUACUAAGUUAGAGAAGGCUCUUACUAUUCCACAAGUUAACUUGCCAGAGGAUGUGAGAAAGGCACCCGUUGAGUUGAUAACUUUGCCUCAUACACUUCAUUUGGACGAGCUUGACUUGGAAGAUCAUGACACUGUCGACAUGGAAUUCGAUAAUCAUCUUUUUAGUGAGAAAGAUGUUGAUUUUGCAGAUCAAAUUCCGACUGGCGUUGAUCCUUAUGUUGCUAUUACAUUUGACGAGGACAUCAUUCCAGAAACUAACCAGAUGGAUGUCGACCAAGUCACAGUACCUCCUGUGAGUGAGAAUCUUGGAGAAACUGAUGUUGAAAUGGCUUAUGAGGGUGGACCAAACAAUGAACUAGGAAAGUUCAAUGUUGCUCUAGAUACUGGAACCUAUAGACCAAGUAACUUGACUGAAGCGCUCAAUCCCACUAAUGAGAGAAGCAAUACCAGUUCUCCUGGAAGUGUUCCCGAGAUUGAGAAAAGACGUGAUGCUGCACACGCUUUGAGCCCUGUGUCCCAUCCAUCAUAUAAUGCACAACAACAUAAUGUCAGAGUUGAACACACUGAAUCUUUAGAUGAAACUUUGAAGGAUCAGGAAACCACUGUCCCUAGUUUUGAAGAAGAAGUGUUGAAUUCUAGAGGGCAUUCAACAUUUGAGCUUCGCUUAGGAUCUCCAUCUUUUGUUGGUUCUGGAGAAGAACCUGCAAAUUUUGUGCAUCCAUCACCUGAACUGGUUCUUCAGCCAACGACUCCUCCUCCACCACAAACAAGGCCAAGGAAGAGGAAGCACUAUGAUGAGGCCAGAGUAUUAUUAUCUAACAAGAUCAUUAAAAAAAGGCUUGAAGAUCCUACUAAUACUGUUCGUAAGAGAAAGAAGUUGCCUUCAUCUAGAGUUGGUUUUUGGAGACUAGAUAACCAAUCAAAGAAGAAUCAACUUUUCAAUCAUUCUUUGUUUACUGGCUUCUCAAAUGUUUUACGCAGUCUCUUUGAUAAGGACUGUGUAGCUUCAAAACCAUAUCUCGCUGUUACUGAUGAAACUUUUCAAGAGCCUGCAUCUGUACCUGCAUCAUCUCCUACUCAAGAAGCUGAAACAGAAAUUAACCCGGCCUCUCCAGUUCCACAAUCUUUAGCUCAUGAUUCUACCAAACUAGAUAGUACGGUUCUGAGGUCUCCAAGUCAGCAAACUGAAGAUGUCCAAGGUGUUGGAGAUCCUCAAUCCGUGCAUGAAAAGUAUGUAGCAGCAGAAUCACAAUCUCCUCAGUCAUUUAGUAAUGAUGACAUGGGAAUCGAACAUUUCAGGGAUGGUGGUUUCCCUAACUACAUCCCGUCUCCACCUCCAAGAUCUUCACCUUAUAGAAGUGAUGACUUCACCACUCAGCCUCAAACUUGGGAGACACCGGGACCUUGGGAGACAAGAUCUUAUAGAACAGAGCCUUCAACUUCGACAGUUCCAGAGGAUCUUCCUGGAUUAAGAAACCCGGGGCUUUCAGCUAUUCCUGAAAUGACGGGCGAGGAACUUUCUUUCCUAGAAGUAGGUGGCAAUACCCCGGUAAGAUCACCGAGUACACAAGAUUUUGAUGGUCUUUCAGGAAGAACAAGAGCCGUGGCUGAGUAUAUUACAGAACGUUCUUCAAGUAGUCCUAAUUCAAGCCAUCCAUCGGAAGAUCUAAGUUUGAGCAAGAUCUUGGAAGGAAAGACAAGGAAGAUAGCUGCUCGCAUGUUCUACGAGACACUGGUAUUGAAGUCUAGAGGACUUAUAGAUAUGAAGCAAGACCAACCUUACAGCGAUAUAACUCUGAAGCUGAUGCCUGCACUUUCUUCAAAGGUGAAACUGUGA